GGAUGACACCUUCAUUUUGUGUGAUAAUGGUUCGGAUGGGAGUACAAUAAUAACUGAAUUCAAUGAAGUAAAUUUGGCUAUGAAAUUCAUUUGCGAAGAGGAAUCCCAAAACAGAAUUAAGUGUCUUCCUGGAUGUCCUCCUUACAAGAAAACCAGAUGAUAGCAUAAAAAGAAAUUAGCAUAGGAAAAGUACAUGGACAGAACAAUAUACACAUCUGCACAGCUUCGUUCCGCUCAAGUUAAAAAGAAAUUCAGUCAAGAUUCUCAGCCACACACAGUUAGAGCUAUAUGCUCAGAAGAAGUAAUUGAAGAUGAAUUAAGUAUUGUACAUGAUACUUUGAUCGAAAAUAUCUAUACCGAAAAAUUUAUCAAGAAACACAUGACAAAGAAAGCGGAAAAGAAGCCACUUUAUAUACGACUGCAAUUCAACGGCGAUAUACCAAGUGAGAUAAUUACGAAGAAAUUGAGAAAAUCAGUUCAAAGAAAUGUUAAUCCUGGCCAACUACACGUAUUAUUCUCUACACGACCGAUGAUGUUACCUCGACUGAAAGCUGAAGCACCUAGACUAGCUAGCCACUUCAAAUUGUAUCUACCGAUUCAUCUGCGCUUGUGGAGAGAGUUAUAUCGGCUAUUGCUCUAGGAACUUGGUUUUUCGUGCUCGCUAGGGAGUAUCUACCAGUACGAUUAAGUAAAGGCGUAGUUAAAACCAUCAACAGUUCGAUAUUGGACCAUCUGGUACAAACCGGCCACAAAACCAGCCAGCAUUGAAGAAUCCUUU